CUCAAAGUCAUUUUUAUAUGAAAACAUAUAUAUUUAAAAUGAAGAAUUAUGUGGAUCAUAAAUAAAAUAUUUCCAGUUCCUAUUUUCCUCAAGACUCAUAUGGCUAUCCUAGCCCCCAGUUUUUGUGCUUUUCUUGCUCUCAUUCUUCUAACAGGUGGCCUAGCAGAUACCAACUUGGGUCCCACACAGAUGGUCAACAUGGAUGCAGGUGGACUAGAUUUAGCAAAUAAUUUGAUCAACACAGAUUAUGAUUAUCAAUGUCAAGCUAAUUUAGGGCCAUGCAAUUAUGAGUAUUGCAAUAUGGAUUGUUGUAUUAAGCAGUGUCGUAGCUACUAUAAUGGACUUCACCCACGUCCAUAUUGUGAGGAUUGGGGACCUGAGUAUAAGUAUAAGUUAUGUAUUUGUUGGCAUGAUUGUUAUAAAAAGUAACAGAGAUCUCAUUUAUAAAAUACUUUGGAUAUAAAUAUAUAUCCAAGGAAUUAAGGAUAAGGGAUUUUGUAAGUUUGAUAUCUUUCAUCUAAUAAUGUACUGUGGACUUUUUGUA